GUGCGACCGUACACGCAGGCUCAGGUACAAACUUGUGCAUGCACACGCAGUAUGAUACAUGAUAGUGUAUGCAUUGCACUCACAGAUGCGUGCAUUCCUCCAGUGCACGGCGCCAUCUGAAGGCGCUGAUACGCCGACGCUCACUGGUGUCACAUGCCUCCUCACCCCCCUGAUCUGCUCUCACAGACCGCUGGUCUGCUGGCUGCUCUUUCUGUGUCUCGCUGCUUGGUCCUGCCAGGCUCGCCAGUCGCCUCAAAAAGACCACUAAGUACAUCUGGACUGCCUCAGGAGUCAGACAAUGCCUGCAAGAAACUCACACGUAGAGAAGCAAGACGAACCAUUUACUUGUCCUGAUCCGUCAUGUAUUCGUCCUGUCACCAUGCGAACAGGUGUCCUGCCUUGGCCAUGCGCGAAGCCACAUGAUCGUUCUGGCGAAGCCAUUGCACUUUUUCCUGCAGGUCUUGGGCGGUGAUGAAAGGGACCAGCAAGGGCUUCAGGAGAGGGUCGAAGAAUUGAGCGGCCUCCGUUCCACGAGACGACUGGAAGAUAACAGCCCCGGACAAGAGCAGUAGACGCAGCCUCACGCUCCAGGGGCCAUGCUGAACGACAUAUGGAGGAUCAAGAGCAUCGAGCUGUCUCACCAGGAGGGACAGCCGGCCCGCCGAAAGCAAACCACGUGUGUGUGCGUAUGUGCGUACCCCAGGCAUGUCGAGGAGGUACUUGGCAUUCAUCAUACCCUUCUGCCACUCAUCAAAGCCAGUUGCAUUCUCGCGGCAGAUGUGCGAUGCAUCGCAGCCAUACUUGCUGAAACAAACAACCCCAAUACGCACCGAGCAGACGCCUGUCGCUGCAUUCGGUCGCGUACGUACUUCUGAAGCUCAUUUGCUGCUUCCACACAAUCCAAUGAUGGCUUCCUCCGCGCGUCCGUUACAUAUACGUGUUCCGACAUGCGCCGAUCAAGCAGCCGCAGCUUACACGCCAGCUCCAACCGCGCCUUGUCCGUAUACCGACCGAUGAAGAACAGAUCGCCGUCUUUCGCGUCCCACAUGUCCUCCCAGCUCUGGUCGCUGAGUUGCCCCCCGCCCCUGUAGAGUGACCUCCAUAGAAGCCGCCGCGUCGACUUCUCUUCCUUGUUACCGAAUCCCGUAGUGGGGUUUAUGUAGGGCUGGCCAGGCACGUCCCAGGAGAAGGCGCGGAAGGAAGACGUCGAAACGAGCAAGCCGGGCGGAGCAGAUGUCAUGUUGUGUCUGGGAUGGAGAGCAAACGGCCGCCCACCGGUCUCUUCUUCUCCAUGCUGGCAGAAGUCGUGGAAGGGGACAAGAGAAUGCCUGCGGAAAGGACACACGUGCGUCAGCCAGCCAGUAGACGUGCCUUCCCCAUUGACUUACCACAUCAGCGGACAGUCGUCAGCGCUCAGCGUCAGGUGCACGUCAUUCGAAAAAGCAACUUGACGAGCAGCGUGCUUUGCAGCAUCAGCAAGGGCGCGAACAUAGUGCUGUGACCACAGAGGAUUGUGGUUGCGCUUCCACCGCGGCUGACACUUCCCCAGCGGGUGGCAAUAGAGUGUCCCAUCAGGUGCAGACACGCUCAGCCUCACAGGUGGUAGAUCGAAAUACGGCAUCUUCACGGCGUUGUCAGCCACAGUCGAUAAGUCCACAUGAUGAUUGCUGAGCGCCUUGAGGGUAUCACUCGUGUCCAGCGUCUCCUCCCACCACCUCUCGCAAUGGUUGCCCAGGAGGUCAUCAGCGUGCAGGCGGCCAAUCAAGGCGUCCAGGGCCAUCACGUUGAUGGCAUCUGCUGCCGUUCUCUCGGGUGUGACCUGUCGGAAGAUGGAUGAGAAAACGCGGGUGCCUCGGUCAACAGAGAGACUUUGGAAGACCAGGAUGGCGACACCAAGACAUGGGAUGCCCAAAAGAAGGCGGCCCGACACCAUAGUCGGAGGGAAGUUGCUGAUGAAUCCUACAGUGUACUGGUGACCGUUGCGGCAUUCCUAAAUCAAAGAUAAUCCCUUUCUGUGCGAAGGGCAAGGCCAGGGGCACGCUCAAAUGAGUCUGCAGUAACGAUUCACGAUUGUAGAACACCGGCGACUGUCGUCUGACGAUGGAUGUCCU